AUGAGAACGAAAAUAUGGACAACUUUAUUUUUGAUGCUUCUGUCAUUAGAAUGUACCAAUGCAAUGGUAAUUACAUCAGGAAUGUCACUGACUUCCACCAACAAUAAUCCAGCAGUUGAUUCUUCAGUAACUCUAACGUGUCACACUCCAGGUUACGAUGAAAUAACAUGGAGCGGACCAAAUGGCGUGUUUAUUAUUUUCGCACCAAAUUGUUUUAGAUUAUCAGAAGCAGAAUCGACCCAUAUCACUUAUAUAUCUGUAUCUUGUGGAGGUGGAAGCAGUGUCUUGACUAUUAAUAACUUUGAUCCUGCUCGAGAUGCAGGAGGCUGGUCAUGUUCUGGAUACUCUACGAUGGGAUCAUCUGAUUCAGCUUCUAUUACAUUAACUGCUGCGGCUUCUGAGGUAGAAAACAUCAAGAUAACAACAGAUUUAGCAUUUAUAGAUCAUUAUGAUACAAUUUCAUUAUUAUAUGGUGAAAAAGAGACGAUACAUUGUUCAGCUGAUUGUCAGAAUAGUUGUCAAUUUACAUGGCAUCUGAAUAACCAACUUGUUUCAUCAUCUGAUGAAUUAGUAAUUGAUCUACAGAGUACACCAGCUACACCUGGUGGUAAAUAUAUCUGUACAGCGAGUUCUGGUGGUGAUAGCAUUACAAAGAACGUAACAAUAAACAGAUGGGCAAGAGACACUAUUAUAUUUUCACCACCUGAUGAUAUACUAAAUGUAAAUGAAGGUGAUAAUGUUACAGUUAUUUGUGAUGGGACGACGAAUAGUCACUACUGUUCUGGUCCAAUGAACUUUGAGUGUUAUACAUCUUGGAACACAAUGUCUGCCGGUUAUACGUCAUCGCCACUUGAGUUGAGUUUCUACAACAUAACUCUUGACAAGACUGGAAGACAUUACUGUAUUCAUAAUGAAUUUGAAGAAUCUUCUAAUACCCAAAUUAAUCUCUACAAAUCAGUACAGAUUAAUGUUAUUGACAGUUCAACGUCAGCAACACCAUCAACAACAACAACAACAACACCAUCAAUACCAUCAACAACACCAUCAUCAACAACAUCAAUAACACCAACGACACCGUCAACAACCGAACAGCCAACCACAACUACACAGGAUACACCAGGAAUGUCAUUGACUUCCACCAACAAUAACCCAACAGUUGAUUCUUCAGUAACUCUUACCUGUCAAACUCUAGGUUUCGAUGAAAUAACAUGGAGGGGACCAAGUGGAGUGUAUAUAUUAUUUAUAAAUUGUUUAAGACUAUCAGAAGCAGAAACAACCCGUAUAACUUAUAUAUCUGUAUCUUGUGGUGGGCUCUUGACUAUCAAUAACUUUGAUCCUGGCCGAGAUGCAGGGACUUGGUCAUGUUCUGGGAACUCUAUAGGUAUGAUGGGAUUAUCUGAUUCAGCUUCCAUUACCUUAACUGCAGCGGCUUCUCACGUAAAAAACAUCAAGAUAACAACAGAUAUAGCAUUUAUAGAUCAUUAUGAUACAAUUUCAUUAUUAUAUGGUGAAAAAGAGACGAUACAUUGUUCAGCUGAUUGUCAGAAUAGAUGUCAAUUUACAUGGCAUCUGAAUAACCAACUUGUUUCAUCAUGUGAUGAAUUAGUAAUUGAUGUGCAGACACCUGGUGGUAAAUAUAUGUGUACAGCGAGUUCCGGUGUUGAUAGCAUUACAAAGAACGUAACAAUAAACAGGAUGGAAAGAGACACUAUUAUAUUUUCACCACCUGAUGAUAUACUAAAUGUAAAUGAAGGUGAUAAUGUAACAGUUAUUUGUGGUGCGAAUAGUUAUUACUGUUCUAGUCAAAUGAAUUUUGAGUGUUAUACAUCUUGGAACACAAUGUCUGUCGGUUAUACGUCAUCACCACUUGAGUUGAGUUUUUACAACAUAACUCUUGACAAGACUGGAAGACAUUACUGUAUUCAUGAUGCAUUUGAAGAAUCUUCUAAUACCCAGUUUACUAUCUAUAGAUCAGUUCAGAUUAAUGUUAUAGCAAAUUCAACGUCUGCAACGUCACCAUCAACAACAACCCAACAGCCAACCACAACUACACCAGAUCCAUCAGGAAUGUCACUGACCUCCACCAACAAUAACCCAGCUGUUGAUUCUUCGGUAACUCUUACCUGUCAAGCUCAUCGCUUAGAUGUCGUAACAUGGAAUGGGCCAAAUGGAGUGUAUAUAAGUUUCUCGACAGGUUGUUACAGAUUAAUAGAAAAAGAAUCAAACCAUAUUUCUUAUAUAUCUGUAUCUUGUGGAGGUGGAAAAAGUGUCUUGACUAUCAAUAACUUUGAUCCUGCGCGAGAUUCAGGAAGUUGGUCCUGCUCUACAUAUUCUGAUUCAGCUUCCAUAAAUCUAAUUGCUAUUGCUUCUCACGUAGAAAGCAUAAAGAUAACAUCAGAAAUAGCUUAUAUAGAUUAUCAUGAUUCAAUUACAUUAUUAAAUGGUGAAAAAGAGACGAUACAUUGUUCAGCUGAUUGUCAGAAUAGUUGUCAAUUUACAUGGCAUUUGAAUAACCAACUUGUUUCAUCAUGUGAUGAAUUAGUAAUUGAUCUACAGAGUACACCAGCUUCACCUGGUGGUAAAUAUAUGUGUACAGCGAGUUCUGGUAGUGAUAGCCUCUCAAAGAACGUAACAUUAUACACAAAGUCAAGAGAUACGAUUAAAUUUUCGCCCCCUGAUACUAUACUAAAUGUAAAUGAAGGUGAUAAUGUAACAGUUAUUUGUGACGGGAUGGAUGAUUAUAGCUGUUCUGGUUUCGAGGGGGUGGAUUGCACAGAUUCAUGGAAUACAAUGUCAACAUCGCAUGAGCUGAAGUUUUACAACAUAGAACUUGACAAGACAGGAAAAUAUUACUGCAUCCAUGAGGUGAAUGAACAAUCUUCUAAUACGCGGUAUAAAUACUACAGAUCAGUACAGAUUAAUGUUUUAUCAAGUUCAACGUCGACAGUAUCAACAACAUCAACAAUACCAACAACACCAUCAACAACAACAACCCCAUCACUAACAACACCAUCAAUAACCGAACAGCCAACCACAACUACACAGGAUACACCAGAAAUGUCACUGACUUCCACCAACUAUAACCCAACAGUUGAUUCUUUAGUAACUCUUUCCUGUGUAGCUUCAAGUUACGAUGAAAUAACAUGGACGGGACCAAGUGGAGUGUAUAUAUUAUUUUCAGGUUGUUUCAGAAUAUCAGAAGCAGAAUCGACCCAUAUCACUUAUAUAUCUGUAUCUUGUGGAGGUGGAGGCAGUGACUUGACUAUUAAUAGCUUUGAUCCUGCUCGAGAUGCAGGAAGUUGGUCAUGCUCUGGAAACUCUAUAAUGGGAUUAACUGUUUCAGCUUCUAUUACCUUAACUGCAACGGCUUCUGAGGUAGAAAACAUCAAGAUAACAACAGAUUUAGCGUUUAUAGAUCAUUAUGAUACAAUUUCAUUAUUAUAUGGUGAAAAAGAGACGAUACAUUGUUCAGCUGAUUGUCACAAUAGUUGUCAAUUUACAUGGCAUCUGAAUAACCAACUUGUUUCAUCAUCUGAUGAAUUAGUAAUUGAUCUACAGAGUACACCAGUUUCACCUGGUGGUAAAUAUAUGUGUACAGCGACUUCUGGUGGUGAUAGCAUUACAAAGAACGUAACAAUAAACAGGAUGGAAAGAGACACUAUUAUAUUUUCACCACCUGAUACUAUACUAAAUGUAAAUGAAGGUGAUAAUGUAACAGUUAUUUGUGAUGAAAAUAGUUAUUACUGUUCUAGUCCAACGGGUUUUGUGUGUGAUAUAUAUUGGAACACAAUGUCUGUCGGUUAUACGUCAUCACCACUUGAGUUGAGUUUUUACAACAUAACUCUUGACAAGACUGGAAGACAUUACUGUAUUCAUGAUGCAUUUGCAAAAUCUUCUAAUACCCAAAUUAAUCUCUACAAAUCAGUACAGAUUAAUGUUAAAGAUACACCAGGAAUGUCACUGACUUCCACCAACUAUAACCCAGAAGUUGAUUCUUCAGUAACUCUUACCUGUCAAACUCUAGGUUUCGAUGAAAUAACAUGGACGGGACCAAGUGGUGUGUUUAUUAUUUUCGCACCAAAUUGUUUCAGAAUAUCAGAAGCAGAAUCGACCCAUAUCACUUAUAUAUCUGUAUCUUGUGGAGGCGGAAGCAGUGUCUUGACUAUUAAUAACUUUGAUCCUGGUCGUGAUGCCGGGCGUUGGUCAUGUUCUGGAAACUCUGUAGGUAUGGUGGGAUCAUCUGAUUCAGCUUCCAUAAUCUUAACUGCUGCGGCUUCUGAGGUAGAAAACAUCAAGAUAACAACAGAUUUAGCGUUUAUAGAUCAUUAUGAUACAAUUUCAUUAUUAUAUGGUGAAAAAGAGACGAUACAUUGUUCAGCUGAUUGUCAGAAUAGUUGUCAAUUUACAUGGCAUCUGAAUAACCAACUUGUUUCAUCAUCUGAUGAAUUAGUAUUUGAUCUACAGAGUACACCAGCUACACCUACACCUGGUGGUAAAUAUAUGUGUACAGCGAGUUCUGGUGGUGAUAGUAUUACAAGGAACGUAACAAUAAACAUGCAGUCAAGAGAAACUAUUAUAUUUUCGCCACCUGAUGAUAUACUAAAUGUAAAUGAAGGUGAUAAUGUAACAGUUAUUUGUGACGGGAAGACGAAUGAUUAUGGUUGUGCUAUUACCGGAAUUCAAUGUACAGAUUCAUGGUAUACAAUGUCAACAUCACAUGAGCUGAGGUUUUACAACAUAGAACUUGAUAAGACUGGAAAAUAUUACUGCAUUCAUGAAUUCUAUGAACAAUCUUCUAAUACGCGGUAUACAUACUACAGAUCAGUACAGAUUAAUGUCAUUGCAACAACGACUUCUGUUUUAUCCUCAUCAACAUCUGGAACAACAUCAACUAUUCUUGUAACAUCAUCAUCCACUUCUGUUUUAUCCUCAUCAACAUCUGGAACAACAUCAACUAUGCCUGUAACAGCAUCAUCCACUUCUGUUUUAUCCUCAUCAACAUCUGGAACAACAUCAACCAUGCCUGUAACAGCAUCAUCCACUUCUGUUUUAUCCUCAUCAACAUCUGGAACAACAUCAACUAUGCCUGUAACAGCAUCAUCCACUUCUGUUUUAUCCUCAUCAACAUCUGGAACAACAUCAACCAUGCCUGUAACAGCAUCAUCCACUUCUGUUUUAUCCUCAUCAACAUCUGGAAUAACAUCAACCAUGACCGAAACAACAUCACCGACUUCUGUUUUAUCCUCACCAACAUCUGGAACAACAUCAACUAUGCCUGAAACAACAUCAUCAAAUUCUAUUACCACAUCCUAUACCUCAAACACCGCUUAUACAGAAACAUCACCAAUUUCCGCUACAACGCCAUCUACUUCUCCCUCAACAGCCUCAAGUUAUAUUACCAGCUUAAGAGUUGAUUCAUCUAGCGAUCCGCAGCAUGUACAGGAAGGAAGUGACUUAAAAUUGACCUGUUUUGCUGAUUGCCAACCUGUUGAUAGCUGUGUUUACACCUGGAAAUUUAACGACAAUAUGAUAGCCAAUACUCAUGAAUGUAAAAUGGACAACAUAACCCGACAAGCAACGGGUACUUAUACCUGUUCAGCCAGCAAUGGACAGACAAUGUCUAAGGCAAUCGACGUGAAAGUCAACUAUCCUCCUUCUGCCAUGACAAUAUCACGAGUUCCAGAUAAAUCAGCCUACAAUGUUAAGAGUAGCAUAACAUUAACAUGUAACGUAGAUUGUGUUCCUAAACCUACAUUAACAUGGAGAAAGGGAUCUGAGGUUAUACUUAUAUCGAACACAUUCAAUUACUUAUCUCUGUCCAAUGUUUUAACUGGAGAUUCUGGAGAAUAUACGUGUACUGCUGAUAAUGGCAUUGGAGAUCAGACUGCAACAACCUCUAUUAAUAUUAAAUAUAUACCUUCUGGAUCUGGAGGUUCCGGAGCUAGUUCUAUGUACUGGAUGUCAUCACACAAGAUUCUGUUGAUGAUCGUCAUUGUUUACAUUCUUCAUUAAUCAUUUUAAAUGUUUUUAAUGACCAAGAGCAAUAUUCAUGUAUAUGAAAUAAAUAUUUAACAUCAAG